AUGGCGGCGGCUCCGCUGCUGCUGCUGCUGCUGCUCGUGCCCGUGCCGCUGCUGCCGCUGCUGGCCCAGGGGCCCGGGGGGGCGCUGGGAAACCGGCAUGCGGUGUACUGGAACAGCUCCAACCAGCACCUGCGGCGAGAGGGCUACACGGUGCAGGUGAACGUGAACGAUUAUCUGGAUAUUUACUGCCCGCACUACAACAGCUCAGGGGUGGGCCCCGGGGCGGGGCCAGGGCCCGGAGGCGGGGCAGAGCAGUACGUGCUGUAUAUGGUGAGCCGGGACGGCUACCGCACCUGCAACGCCAGCCAAGGCUCCAAGCGCUGGGAGUGCAACCGACCGCACGCCCCCCACAGCCCCAUCAAGUUCUCGGAGAAGUUCCAGCGCUACAGCGCCUUCUCUCUGGGCUACGAGUUCCACGCCGGCCACGAGUACUACUACAUCUCCACGCCCACCCACAACCUGCACUGGAAGUGUCUGAGGAUGAAGGUGUUCGUCUGCUGCGCCUCCACAUCGCACUCCGGGGAGAAGCCGGUCCCCACUCUCCCCCAGUUCACCAUGGGCCCCAAUGUGAAGAUCAACGUGCUGGAAGACUUUGAGGGAGAGAACCCCCAGGUGCCCAAGCUUGAGAAGAGCAUCAGCGGUACCAGCCCCAAGCGGGAACAUCUGCCCCUGGCGGUGGGCAUCGCCUUCUUCCUGAUGACACUCUUGGCCUCCUAG